UUGAAAUUUGCAUAAUUUGCUUGGAUUUUCAAUUUGUUAUUCUCAUGAAAGUUUGAUUCUCCGAGGAAUUAAAAGGAGUUCACAAAUUUUCGCUCUCUCUCUCUCUUCUUCUUUUUUUCGUUCAUUGCGUAGGGCCUUUCUCUCUCUCUGAAAUGAAGUCUUCGUGGGGUAAACUUCGAAGAUAUGCGCUCCACAAGAACUAUGGCAAGGAUAAAUUAGAUUUUUUAUAUUCAGCUCAUUUGGAUGAACUCGCUCAAGCAGCUAAGGAUACGCAAGAUAUGAGAAAUUGCUAUGAUAGCUUACUUUUGGCGGCUGCAGCAACUGCUAACAGUGCAUAUGAAUUCUCGGAGUCACUACAAGAAAUGGGCUCCUGUCUGCAAGGAAAGAGACUGCUACCUGAUGAUGAAGAAAGCCGGAGGAUUCUGUUAAUGUUGGGGAACUUGCAGUUUGAACUCCGAAAACUCGUGGAUGACUAUCGCUCACAUAUAUUGCUGACAAUUACAAAUCCAUCCGAGUCACUUCUCAAUGAGCUUAGGACUGUUGAGGAUAUGAAGCUGCAGUGUGACGAAAAAAGAAAUGUCUAUGAAUACUUGGUGGCACAACAAAAGGAAAAAGGAAGGUCUAAAGGUGGAAAAGGUGAAACUUUCACUUUGCAGCAGUUGCAAACAGCUCGUGAUGAAUAUGAUGAAGUGGCUACUCUUUGUGUUUUCCGGUUGAAAUCUUUGAAGGAAGGUCAAUCCAGAAGUCUUGUAACACAAGCUGCUCGUCACCAUGCAGCUCAGUUGAAUUUCUUUAGGAAAGGGCUUAAAUCACUUGAGGCAAUUGAACCUCAUGUUAGGCAAGUUACGGAACACCAACACAUUGAUUACCAGUUCUGCAGUCUUGAAGAUGAUGGUGGGGAAGAUGGUGAGAUUUCCUAUGAUCUGAACAAAGAUGGGGAAUUAAGUUUUGACUAUAGAGCAAAUGAGAAGGGGGUUGGUGUUACCUCUACAUCAAGGAAUUCAAUGGAGGUAGAUGAAGUAAGUUCUUCAUUUCCCCAAACUUCAAAGAUGGAAAAUGCAGAGGUAAACCCUGAGAAAAGCCAUGGGGAUGUUCAGGUCUCAAGUAGGGAGCACAAAGUGGGUAGCCAUUCAGCCCCCAUAUUUCCAGAAAGGAAGCUUGAUCCUGCUGAAAGAGUAAAACAGAUGCUGCAGUCAUCUACAAGGAGGUCUAAUGCUUAUGUGCUUCCAACCCCAAAUGAUUCAACGUUUGCAGCUUCUUCAAGAACAAGUAGCUCUGUUUCCCACUCGAGACCAACAAAUGUAGCUGGACAUCCACACAAUUUAUGGCAUUCCUCCCCACUAGAGCAAAAGAAUCGAGAGAAAGAUUCCCGUGAUGGUCAAUCAUCAUUAGAGUUUACCAUCUUGAAUUCUGAGUCAGUUCUUAAGGAGAACAGCAGUCGUAAUAAUAUCGCUAUGCAACUACCCCCUCCUUUGACUGAAGUACAAGAAUUUGCCCUGCUGGAUAUCUCCUCCGAAGGCAAAAUUAUGAAAAGAAAAUCUGUUUCUGGUCCAUUAUCUAGUCAACAAUCGUUAACAAAGCCUGUUCUGCCGGCAAGCAGUUCUAUUCCACCUGCCAAACUUCCCAAUUUAGCUUCUGCAGUAUUUUCUCAUUUAACAAUUCCUCGAUCGUUGUCACCUCCCAAAGUAUCCCCAAGUGCAUCACCUCCCUUUGUUUCUUCACCCAGAUUAAAUGAGCUUCACGAGCUUCCGAGGCCUCCUGAUAAUUUAGCUGCCAAAUCAGCAAAACCUCCUGCCUUGGCUGGUCACUCAGCUGCACUAAUCUCAAGAAAUCAAGAGCUUUCUGCUAGUAAUAUUCCUCCACCGGCAGCAAGCGGAGCAUCUCGCCUUCCAACUCCACCUUUGAUAGUACCUCGAAGUUUCUCUAUGCCUUCUCGCCAUCAAAGAGCAAUGGCGCAUAAUUUUUCCAGGCUUUUGGAGGCUCCGCAAGUUCCAGAGAAGGAUGGAGAAGCUGCAUUGCCUUCGUUGAUGCCCAUGAAACCAAUACCUGGCGUUCCCGAAGUGGCGUCUCAUUCUGACCAAAUCAGAAGCGGAAGCCGAGAUAGCUGAUUCGUUUGCAGCUGAUCGAACCUUUAUCCGGAUAGUUUUAGGUGAGGAGCAGUGCGUAAAUACGAGGUUUAGUGAUGCGUUAGCUAAGUUCGUGAUCCCAAAUCUUGGUUAGGCUGGUGCGCUGGCGUAUUUAUUGGUUGUUGAGGAUUAAUGAUAAAGAAGUUCCCACGAUUGUAGUGAUCGUUGUUUUGUAUUGUAUCACAUAUAUUGUCCACUGUUCACAUAAGGAAAUUGCUUUUGUUGCUUGAUCCGAGAUUGCAUGUGUGCUGUCAUUAGCAG